AUGGGUCCUUAUAGUGAGAAUAAUUCAAUUUCUAAUGAGACGCCUAAUAAUGAACUUUUGACAAUGAUUCCUGAACAAGUAAUAACUGAAACUCCAUCGCCAUCCACUCUUAGUGCAACUACUACACCUUCACCAACACUUCAAGAAAUUAUUCCAAUUGUGGAAGAUGCUUUAGAUCCUGUGGAUGAACAAAAUGAUAAUAAUUUUAUAAUUAAUUCGUAUUAUCCUGGUCCUGGAAAUAUAAUGCCAUAUGAUCAUUCACUUCCUGAUUUCAUUAGACAAAUCACCAAUGAACCAAAUCUGGAAAAUCUUCAAUCAUUAAGGUUAAGAAUAAUUUCUACAUGCAUUAGUUUGCAUAGAAUGUCAGCAUACCUUCCCAAUUUAAAAGAACUAGAUUUAGAAGGAAGCAUUUUAAAUUCUUUAAGUUGGGCAUUGUCAACUGGAAUCUUUGGAUGGAACCUUUGGUUUAUCACUUUAAGGAUUAUAUGCUCAAAAAAAUUUAAUUAUGAUGUUAGCCCUUGUUCGAAUUUGCCCCAUAUAAAACACAUUGAUCUAUCUGGGAAUCGCAUCCGUAACAUAAGCUACGCUGGAUUUUUGUCAGUGUGUAGUAAACUUAAAAGCAUAACUUUUACUGGAAAUCCAGCUACAGAACUUCCAGACUAUCGAAAUCACAUCAGAAAAAUUCUUCCUCAGCUUGAAUUACUUGAUGGUGUACCUUUUUCUGCAGAUGAAGCUGCUGAUAAUAACAAAAAUUCUCCAGACCAUGAAAAUUAUCACAACGAAUCAGAAAUUCAAAAUAUUUUGUUUAGCAGUUUGAAUGAUAACAACGUUGAUGAAGAUUCUGCAAACUCAAAUGGUUCUGAUAAAAAAAAUACAGAAAAUGAAAAUCAGUUAAAUUCUGACAAUAAAGAAAUGAUUUCUGGACUUAAUGAUGGAAAAACAACAAUUAAUAAUUCGAAAAACCUUUUUUUGGAGAACAAUAUCGUGCAAGACAAUAUUGACAAAUCGAAUUCGACCAUUAGUGUAAAUGUUUUAACAUCUGGAUCACCAGUACGUGGAAAUUUAAUUGCUGCUUUAAGAAAUAGAAGCAAAGCUUUAAACAACCAGGAAAAGAUAAAAUCAAAAUCGACAACAUUUAUUUUUUAA